AUGUCUUCCCAAUUCACCCUCCAGACCACCCUUCCUCUGCCGAAUUCGUCGGUCAAGAUCCCCGCUCUCGGUUUCGGUGUUUACCAGUCGCACGGCCCUACCUGCAAGACUUCGUGUUUGACCGCCCUUGAGGCUGGUUACCGCCAUAUUGACAGCGCACAAUACUACGCCAACGAGCAGUUGGUUGGUGAUGCUGUCAAGGAGUCCAAUGUCGACCGCAAGGAUGUGUUCAUCACCACUAAGAUCCUGAGCCCUGGCAAGGAUGAGGAGGAGACAUACCAGUCACUCGUUGAGAGUGUGAACAAGAUUGACAAUGGCGGUUACGUCGAUUUGUUCUUGAUCCACAGCCCUAGCUCUGGUCCUCAGGGUAGAAAGACCAUGUGGACUGCUCUUGAGAGACUGCACAAGGAGGGCAAGGCAAAGGCCAUUGGUGUCAGCAACUUCGGCAAGGGUCAGAUUGAGGAGCUGAAGUCGUUUGCUCAGGUUUGGCCGCCGCAUGUCAACCAGAUUGAGCUGCACCCCUGGAACCAGCAGCGCGUGGCUGUAGAAUUCUGCCAAGCCAACAACAUUGUCGUUGAAGCCUACUGCCCCCUAGUCCGCAACCAGAAGGCCGACGACUCGACACUCAAGUCGCUCGCUGAGAAGUACAAGAAGUCGACUGGUCAGGUCUUGAUCCGUUACUGCUUGCAGAAGGGAUGGGUUCCUUUGCCCAAGAGUGACACUCCCAGCAGAAUAAAGGAGAACGCAGACAUCUACGACUUUGAGAUUAGCAAGGAGGACAUGACCAAGUUGGACGACCUGGAUCAAGGUGCCGAUGGUGCCAUCGUUCAGGCUGUAGACAAUUGA